AUGGAUGGAGAAGGUGGAAUUGGUACCAGUGUCCAUCAUAGGCACCCCCCCAAACCCCCUCAUCCCCCCUCCCCAUGCCGUUUCCCCUUUGUGCCGCCCCUCUCUCCUAUCCCCACGUCCGUGUGUGUGUGUGGGCUGAGGCUCAGGGCUGGUGCGGGCUGUGUCCCGCAGGCGGGGCCGCGGCUGGAGGCGCUGCGGGGCCGCGGCGGGGGCUGCACAUGGGACUCGCUGCGGCACUCGGCCGGGGAGCGCUUGGCCGAGCUUGCGGAACCGACCCCCGGCGGGAGCGGCGCGGGGGCGUGCGCGCUCCUGCACGCGCUUAGCCAGGAGCAGAGCUUCGGCAUCAGCUACCUCGACAUCGACCCCCUGAGCCUCAGUGGGCUGCACCAGUGCCUGGUGGAACUCUCCACCCAACCUGCCACCGUGUGUCACGGCUCAGCCCCGUCCCGCGACGGCGCCCGCUCCCAGGCUGCCCGCAACGCCCUGCAGUACCUGCGCAUCAUGGCGGGGGGCAAGUGACCCCCCCAAACCCCACACAGCCCCCCCAAACCCCACACAGCCCCCCCAAACCCCACACAGCCCCCCCAACCCCACACAGCCCCCCCAAACCCCACACACCCCCCUCAACCCCCACACCCCCCCCAAACCCCACACCCCCCCUCAACCCCCACACACCCCCCCAAACCCCACA